GUACCGUCACAAGUCGUAACCUACAAAUCGCUUAUUGUUCGUCGCCGCAGCUUAGACAUUGGCAUUUGACAAAUUGACAACAAUUUACUGUGUCUGGCACCUGACUCCUAUCCCAGUUUCUACUUCCGCAAAUGCUUUAAACUCGAAAUUUUCAGUUGUCCUCCAAGAAGAGGGCAAAAGUUCUUUGCAAGUACAGCACGUCAGGAAUUGAGUUUGGAGUUUAGGGGAAAACUAAGGGUUCGUUCUUCAAGUUCAGGAGAUAUUCAACGAGAAAGAGCUCUCCCUUCCCAUUGCUUGACAAAGAUUUCUAUUUAGAUGCUCUUUUCGCCUACGCCUGACGCUCGAAAUUCUGGGCAGCAUUGUGUCCUGAUCUAGCGGUAGGAUCGCAUUGAAAUGUCAUUAGCUUUCUAAACACUCGCCAACUAAAAGAAAGACAACAAAAGCAAAGUUUUGUGGGAAAACGUAGUAAGCCCUUGCUCAAGCCCACUGAGAGACAGCUCGUGGACGACAGUGGAUAGCUAUCGGCAAUCCUCGAUCUUAUCACCAAAGAGAGUCAAGCUUUCACUGCAGAAGCUCUGAUCGAAGAAGCGCCGCUCGAGAAUCUAGCGCCGAGGGCAAAUCUGUGGGCAUUUUCCACCGGGAACAACCACCAUUUCAACAGAAAGAGAGCCAGAAGAGUGAGGUGCAUAACGGAGGAAGAAGGCUUGUGGAUUUCAAAGGGACAUAGUUGAGUGUGAGUGUGUGGCACAGUUUGGCAAGAGAGGACCAUCGCGAUAGGCGGAAUGAAACACCGUCACCUUGCAUCAACCACAGGAACUAGAUCAAACUUGGAACAGAUCCAAAACUAGGCCAGCCUCCGAUCCUUCUGCUUGAUCUUUUGGAGGGCUUAAAAAUUCAUGAGUUUAUCUCACGGAAAAAUGAUGGACAAAGAGCGAAUUCGGAAGCUCAAUACUGUGACUUUGAACAAAAUGUGAUAAGAGUGGUCCAUGCACAAACAACAGUGAUUCUACACUGGGUGGAACAUCAUGUCUCGUAUGCGGAGAGGACAUCGUCUUCAUUCCAUUUCCGGAUUUGAUGACAUCGAUACUUUCAGGUUCUACCGAGAUGAUUCCGUCCUUGGGUCUUAUAACGAGUCCAAAGUGGAAUCGGAGUUCUUGGACUUCAUUCGAAAUGACGAUCCAGAAUCCAUUUUGAAAGUCAUCGAUGAUCCGGGAAAGACGGUGACCCUCUCACAAAACUGGAACUUCAUCAAGCGAUGCACCAAAGAGGUGGUUGGAACCGGGAACAAGGAACUUAUUAGAGCUGUGCUCGAGGUCUUGACGGACACCAACCCAAAGUCUUUUGAUGUUGGGGAGCUUUUCAUAAUGGAGACACUGGAAGCCGGCGAAAGUGACUUGGUCAUUUGUGUCCUGGAAUAUUGGAUGAACCAUGACUUGAUCUCGUCAGAGGCUUUGCAGGGCGUUUCUAAUGCGCUAGACGUGAUCCAUAAUAGUGUUUACUUUGCUGCCAACCGAAGACUUAAGGACACAACUACGUUAAUAUUAGCUCAAACGGCUGUCUACUGCGCCACUGUGGAUCAAGCAACUCAAAUACUCCAGGAUGUCCUUCAAUGGCAUGAAGAGCACUCCGACGUGGUGGGACAGAGCACCAAAUUGAAUGCUGACGCCAUGAUCCAUGCGGCCUUGGAAGACGACCGAGAGCGCCUGGCCAUUUUAUACUCGUAUGGUUAUCGUCUUGGGACAGACACAGAUCGGAGGAUAAACAAGGACUAUUUAAAGCGGAUCAAGUUGUUCAAAGCCCGGGCUAGUCCUGUGUACAAGAGUGUGGUCUUUGAGAACUCUAAGGACAUCUACAAGGACGACCCACUGAAGAAGUGCUUUGAGUAUGCACGUCAGGCGAGGAUCAACGCGGAUAAAAUACAGGAUUUCACUAAGGAGUACACGGACAUUGCCAAGAAAUGUGAGGAAUUCGCCAAGGGCCUAUUGGAUCGGUGUACCACCAAACACGAGGUGCAGACCCUUCUGCAAACGCGUUCCUAUCGCGGUCACACGGACGCCAAUUUUAACAUUGCCAUUUUGGACGGGCACAAAGAAUUCGUGGCUCAUGAGAAGUUCCAACAACUCCUGCAUAAGAAAUGGGGCCAACGAGACCGACUCCAAUCCAGUAAUGUGCCCAGUUACAAUAUAUUUUGGUCCGAGAAGAGCAGCCUUUCGAAGGCCAUCCAUAUUCUGCUUCAAGUGGUGGUGUUUAUCUUCCUUCCGAUUGUUUACUGUAUACCAAUGUUUGGCCAAUGUGGACGAAGGGUCAAGAUCUUGAACUGGUUUCUCCAGCAAGGCCAGAUCCCCGUGAAUCGAUUCAUUUACGGCGAGAUCUCCAAAGGUUUGUUCUUUCUGAUCGUGUUGUUGACCUUGAUCUCCGAAGACGACGUCGAGUGGUAUGAUCUAUUGGCCGUAUGUUGGAUCCUUUCGUACCUUCUGGAAAAUUUUCGAACCAUCCAUCGCCUAUACCGGUUCGGGGGAUCCAGUGAUAGUAAGCGGAUCUUCAAACGAUGGUGCACCUUCAGGAACCUGUACAUCCUGGCCACGGACAUCGUGUUCCUUGUGUCGCUCAUCCUGAGAUCGGUGGCUCAUUUCAGCGACCAAUGCCGAGCGGGUUGUCCGUACAAGGGCAACGAGAUCGCCUUUGUGGCAGCCUCCAUUUGGAGCUUCGCUGCGGUUCUGUGCUUCUUGCGGUCCAUCCAAGGUGGUCUCAUGUGGCGACAAACGGGUCCGGUCAUCAUCAGCAUCUCCUACAUGAUCUUGGAUGUGUUGGUGUUCCUCUUUGUGUUUGUGAUUGUAUACAUUGCGUUCACGCUCGCGAUGGUCUAUGUUUAUCAUGUGUACUCGGAUGAUCGAACCAAGUACUUCAAUUCCUACAAAAUGGCCUUCAAGCUCUUCUUCUGGGCAAUGAUCCGCACGGGAAACCCUCAAUACGCAGAUAUUCUGGUGUACAACUCAACCAAGACCUUCAACACGACUUGCCUUCAGUCUCUGGUGAGUGGGGUGAUGUCCUUGUCCGAAAAUCUGAGUCCUUCAGAGGUGGAGGCGUGUUCCACCGGCUUUGCCAAAGGGGAAAUUGAGGAAGGGAUUCCUUACAUUGCGGGCAACACCUUGUGGGCUUUUUACCAAUUCACGGUGGUAAUUGUGCUCUUAAGCAUUCUCAGAGCCCGAAUGGUGAACACCUAUCAUCGAGUCUUCAAGGAAGCUGAUGUCCAAUGGAAAUUCUUCAGGGCCAGUAUUUGGUGGAAGUAUCUGGAUGAGGACAGCAUCUUGCCCCCUCCAUACACGAUUCUGUACUUCCUACACCGUCUCGCCAAGUUCCUGAACCCGGGGUUCAAGGAAUGUCAGAAGAACCACACCGAGGACACGCCCCAGGGCCGCCGGAACAAGCACGAUCUGGAGGAGCUCAUCGAGUUGGACAAACGCGAGUUCGAAAAACGCUACAAGACCUUGAUGCUCAUGCUCAUUUCCCCACAGCAUACCAAUAAGAAUCUGAACAGACACAACAAUUGGACGUCAAAAAUGUCAAGACCAAUGGAGGUUUUGCACAUGAUUUCUGAUUAAUUUAAAAACCGGUGCCAAACAUGUUCUGGAGACAAUCUCAACGUUCCAGUGUACAUUUGUUAUGCAUUAAAAUCCAUCCAUCCAAGAUAUUAAGACAAUAUGGCUCUCAUAAAGAAUGAUAAAACUAUU